UACAGUACAGAAAAGAGCAGUUUUAGAUGUUGAAAAUAGCUAUAUAGUCACAGUAUUUAACCUAAAAUUUUCAGUUUAAUAUAGUGUGUGAAUUUACAGCAAUGACAAAACCUGGUGCUAUCUUAACGGGGCUGUUGCUCUAUUUUCUGUUACAAAUCGCAGGGUUUUGGAGGUGCAUUUUCCCCAACCUUCCUAUCAACGGGUCUGCAGCCGCCUUGGAAAAUUUGUUGUUACAAAGCUUAUCCAUGCGAGAAUACACGUACGUGUACGAAAAUAAUACGUGUUCUGGUAACAUUACUAAAUGCAAUACCUACAAGCAAUUGGUAAAAGGAGAGUCUACAAAAAUUGCUUGCGCAAUUGGUGAAUGUACGAUUAUGUUUACAAAACGAAGCGCUUUAUGUCUCUUGUCUCCCAACCAGAAUAAAACAAUUCGACCAUUUACUUCUGGUCCUAAAUGCUCUAUGUGUACCGGCAACUAUUCUGGCUGCGAAAAUGGUCUCUGUGUUAUUCCAACACCCCAAAUUAUGAUGAAUUCUACAAGUAACCCAAAUUCUACAACCACACAACGUAUGAGAACCAGACCGAUGACCCCUAAUUCUACCCAAAUGAUGAUGACCCCACAUAAGUACCGAAACUCGACACCCCCAACCAUGAUCACACGACCAAGAAAUUCUUCGAUGGCUUACACCCAAACAAGUGUACUGUAUUCAACCACUAGUUCUGUCGCUUUACCAUCGCUGUAUUUGCCGCUUGCUUUAGCGCCUCUUAUGCUUCUACCAGUUAUAAAUGCUUGCUUUUAAACCGGAAACUGUACAUUUUCUGCUUUUAAAGCUGUAUAAAGUACUGU